AUGUCUCGGCAGUCUGUCUGCAGAAGCUUUGGAGGCGGGAGUAGAAGGGGCUACAGCUCUUGCUCUGCCAUCGGUGGUGGCUUUGGAGGAGGUGGCGGCAGAAGCAGGAUCAGCUACAGUUCAUACUCCUCAUCCAGGGGAGGUGGAGGAGGUGGACAUUGCGGAGGUUUUAGCAGCAGGAGCCUCCAUAACAUGGGUGGCAGCAGAAGAAUUACUGUGGGUGGAUGCUACGGUGGCGGAGGAUACGGAGGCAGAAUGGGUGGUUUCGGUGGAGGCUAUGGAGGAGGAAUGGGUGGCUUUGGCGGAGGAAUGAGUUGUGGAGGAAUGGGUGGCUUUGGUGGAGGAAUGGGUGGGGGUGGAAUGGGUGGUGGAGGAAUGGGUGGCUUUGGUGGAGGAAUGGGUGGUGGAGGAAUGGGUGGCUUUGGUGGCCCUGGCUUCCCUGGAGGCAUCCAGCCGGUGCAAGUUGACCCAAGCCUCCUGCGGCCGGUCCAUGUUGAGAUCGACCCCCAAAUCCAGCAAGUGAAAAACCAGGAGAAGGAGCAGAUUAAGACUCUUAACAAUCAGUUUGCCUCCUUCAUUGACAAGGUCCGCUUCCUGGAGCAACAGAACAAGGUCCUCUCCACCAAGUGGGAGCUCCUCCAACAGCAAGGCCCUUCGGGGCCCAGGAAGAACCUGGAUGUCAUCUUUGAAAACUACAUCCAGAACCUGAGGAGGAGGCUAGAAGCCCUCCUGGGGCAGAGGGGACAGCUGGAGUCGGAACUGCAGAACAUGCGGCAAUACGUGGAGGAGUACAAAACCAAGUAA